AUGGCAUCGAACACAUUUUAUAAUCAGACAAAAAAACGACAGCCUCUUAAUGAUACUAUCGCGAAGAAGCGACAGGAGGUUGUUUAUCGACCCUCAUUGAUGAAAAUGGCACAUGUGACAAGAACAUUUUGGACGCAAGCCGAAGCUUUAGACUACAUUGUUGAAAAACAGAAAAAUAAUGAUACAGAUGAGAUUCUUUAUCUAUUCAGUUUCGAAUCUCAACCGGAAGGUAAACGUCGAUAUCAAGUUGCUGACAUAGAUGUUUUUAUUCACGAAUAUUACCAAUUGCCAGCCAAUCAACGGCACACCUAUGAAAUCAUCAUUGACAAGAAACCUUCGAAGCUUUAUUUCGAUCUUGAAUACGAUACUGCUGCUAAUCCAAAGCUUGAUGGGCCGAAACUAACAACAAAUUUUGUUCAGUUUGUACUGAAUUUCAUGCGAAAACGAAGCGAUGAUUUGAAUUAUUCAAUUAAAGACGUACUUGUUCUGGAUUCUACAUCAGCAAAGAAAUUUAGUCGUCAUUUGAUUUUUCAAACGAAAGAUCCAUUUCUUGAUAACAUUGCCGUCGGCAAAUUCGUCAAUCUUAUUUUAGAAGAUGUUCAUGGUUGCUUAAUCAACCAUCAAUGUUCUGCUGUUCUCAAUUCUCCUGUAUCUCAAGCUCAACAAUCUCAAUCUCAUUUUGAUUCGUCAGUUUUCGCUCGAAAUCUUCUUACCAGCCUUGAACCUUAUUUAUAUCGCUUUGAACAAUGUGAGUGCAUUGAUGACUAUUCACAAAUUAAAUUCAAAGAUAUUGUUGAGUUUAUCAUUAACAAAGGAGACGGAAGUGGGAUCGCCUGGUUCUGCGAUAUGGGUGUUUACACGAAAAAUCGAGCAUUUCGUUUACUUCAUUCAAGUAAAUUUGAUAAACAUGAAUGCUUUUCUGUUGCACCUGAAAAUCAAUGGAAACCUAUCCUACGACCUUCGCAUACAUGUUCAGCCGUGCCCAGUGAAGCUGAGCGACAGAUAUUCAUGGCAUCACUUGUCUAUUUCAAUAAACCAAUUCGACGUUUCAUCCACGUCGACGAUGAAAUCCUAGCGGCGAGUAAGACCAUUCUACCGCGUAAUCAACGUCCUGCUCAGUCAUCUUACACAACCGAAGAUAUGAAAAAGAUAUCGUUGGAUUAUCCAGAACUGGUUCACUUCAUGACUAACGUAGCUCGUGACAAGAGAGCCAACAAAGAUGAAAUGUGUAUGAGUCGAUUGUAUAAAGCAAAAGAAAUUCAAAAUGAUUUUCGCUGGGAAAUUAGUUUUAUGUAUGUUGGCAAUUAUCGAUACUGCGAACGAAUUCGUCGUCAUCAUAAGCAAAACAAUAUCUAUUUCGUUGUUGAUAUGCGCAAAGGUACUUAUCGACAGAAGUGCCAUGAUCCCGAUUGUAAAACAUUUCAAGGAAUUGAACAAAAAUUACCAGUGAAUGCCACCCCGUGGUUAAUGAUGCUUGAUGAAGAUUGGGAAAACAAAGGAUUCUAG